GUAACUAUUAAGUACUCACUAGUCACUAGUAGUAGUAACCACUGAGUGUUUAGUGUUUAUAGUUGACAAACUUUUCUUGUUUAUUCAAUUAAAACUUCAUCAUCAAAAUAAUUAUUUAUAAAUAGUUGAUAAAUUAGUAUUAUAAGCAAGAUGAUGCCUGGUAGGAUCGGCCACCUUCCUAUAGCUUCUGAAAAUCCACUCGGUUUAUCUUGGCAUGACUCCGCUUGGAUACCGUCGCUCAAUCCAUCUAAUAUUAUGGAUUAUUUUUCUGAAAGAUCAAAUCCCUUCUUUGACCGCACGUGUAACAACGAAGUAGUAAAGAUGCAACGUCUUAGCAUGGAUCAACUGCAAAAUAUGACAGGUCUAGAAUAUAUACUACUGCAUGUGCAAGAGCCAAUUUUAUAUGUUAUCAGGAAGCAGCACAGACAGAGUCCGAUGCAAACAAUCCCUCUUGCAGAUUAUUAUAUUAUAGCUGGAAUAGUAUAUCAGGCCCCUGACCUCGCCAGUGUGUUAAAUUCAAGAAUUUUAUCAGCAGUCCAUCAUUUACAAUGUUCAUUCGAGGAGACAAUGACUUAUUCCAAAUAUCAUCCAAGUAAAGGCUAUUGGUGGGAUCAUAAAAAUAAAACAGGCAAGGGCCCAUUCAAUGUUGGUCAAUCAGCUCCAAAGGAAGUAUCCAGCACCCCUAAAGAGGAACCCUCCACUCUGUUCCAAAGACAGAGGGUGGACAUGUUGUUAGCGGAGCUUGUGAGACAGUUUCCUUUACCAGUAACCCAGACGGCUGCUAAUCAGAAUGGUGUUACCGUAAAAACGGAAAACACGAACGACAAAGGUUCGGAAAAACCCCAAGAUGGUUCUCUAAAUAACAUCACAAUUAAACAAGAACCCAUAGAUCCUAUGAGCUCGGACAUGACUAAUGGAAUGCAAGGCCACAUGGAAAUAAAAACGGAGAUUAAACAAGAAAACAUGAAGCCCCCGCCGGAGAAGAAACCCAGGACGUAAUUUGACCACAUAAAUUUCUUUUCACAUAUUACAUUCGGUUGUUACUAGCAUUUUAUGAAAUAUUUUAGUAACUGAGAAUUGUUUUUGUAUGUAUUAAAAAUUACAAAGCA